UAUUUGAUUCUUUACCUAUUCAAAUCUAUACUGCUUAUCUUCGAACAAAUCGAUUUACUUUAGAUCUAUUUUUAAUUCUUUAUAAUUAUAGUAAAGUAGAAUCUGAAAUUUUUGAAACUUCUGAUUUAUCUAAAUUUGAUUUAGAACAAUUAUAUCAAACUCCUAUACCUUCUCCUCCUAUUACUCUACCUUUAUUACUUCUAAAUAAUAAUAAUAUGACAUUACAAGCACAAGAUAUUAAUAAUUUAAUUAAUACUAUUCAAGCACUAAAUAACUGGAUUCAAAAUCAAACAAAUGCUGUUGCUAAUAAUACUAAUCAUCUUGGACAAAGAGAAACUAAACUUAUCAAAAUUAUACUUUUUGCUGGUGGUAACCAAGAUCCAGUUACUUGGAUUAAGGAAUUUGAAUUCUGUAAAUUUACUACUAGUUUAAGAACAGAAUUACAAAUGGGAGUAUAUCUAUUUGGUGAAAAUACUUGGGAUGAAGUAGUUAACAGAGCAAAAACCUGUGAACUUACUCAUUAUAGUGCUGCAAUAUAUAUUACUUCUAAUCUUAAUAACAAUAUUGUUACUCCAACUCCUACAUCUUCUAAUUCUGUUAAAAUUAUAAUGGAAGCUCUUACUAAAUUGUCAGUGAAUACAGAAGGUUCAGAUGCUUCUGAAGACAAUACAAACCCUUUUAUAAUCUAUUUAAAAAAAGAAGAUAAAAAUAAUAUUAAUGAAGCCUAUGUAGGAAAAAGAAGAAAAGUAGUAGAAGAAAUAAAACUCUAG